GAUUAACGGCAUAUAAAAUAUUAUGUACAUGUCUACGUAGAAGAAGCAGAAAAGCGCUCAAGAAAAUCCAUCUGUAUGUGUGUUUGUGCGCCGCUGCGAAAAAAUACAACAUUUUUCAUGUAUUUUCACAAAACGUUGGUUAUAUAAAAAGUUCGAGGUGGCAACAGCCUAAGCACACACCACACGAACAUUCUCUUUCAGUGAAAUACUAAUUUAGCGCAAAACAUAACCAAUAUACUGCUACCAACAUUAAAAAUAACCAUAAAAAAUGUUGUACCAACGAUAAGCGUUCAAAAUCUUACAGUAAAGUUUAAGCCAUAUAAAUAAAUAAAUAUAGUUUACGACUAGUUUAAUAGUAAAUUAAAAAUAUAUAAAACGAAAGACAUCCUCCCCAAAGUGCAAAGUACUUAAAAAAACCAAACCAAAAACAGUUACUCUAACAGACCGCAACAAAUCACAAACAAAAAGGAAAAAUGGCUGACAAGAAAAUUGGUGAAUACUACUCGCCCCCGCCAAAAAUGGGCAAAUGGGAGGGUUUCAGAAAAUUCAUAUGGAACAGUGAAACUAGCCAAUGCCUCGGACGUACCGGUUCCAGUUGGGCAAAAAUUCUACUAUUCUAUAUAAUAUUUUAUGCGGCGUUAACUGGAUUCUUCGCUGCCAUAUUUGCGGUAUUUUAUCAAACAUUGGAGGGUGACAAGCCCAAGUGGAUGCUCGAGAAUGGUUUGAUCGGCUCGAACCCGGGUCUUGGUUUCCGACCCAUGCCACCAGAGGCCAAUGUUGAGAGCACUUUAGUUUGGUAUCAGUCAUCGAAGGAAGAUAACUAUAAGUAUUGGGUUGACGAAACUGCAAGGUUUUUGAAAUAUCAUACUUAUGAGGAACUACCCAACAGGAAUCAUGUGAACUGCUCCUUCGAACAUCCGCCUCCAGAAGGCAAAGUGUGCGGCAUCGACAUGCUUGGAUUUGCGCCCUGCACUCUGGAUAAUAAGUUUGGAUAUAAUGUGGCCCGGCCCUGCAUAUUCCUCAAGUUGAAUAAGAUUUACAACUGGAUACCAGAAAUUUACAACGAUUCAAAAUCUUUGCCUGAACACAUGCCUGAAGAGUUGAAGAAUCACAUUAAGGAGAAGCAGAGCCUGCGACCAAAUGAGACUGGAGUUGUUUGGGUAUCCUGCGAAGGCGAGAACCCCGCUGAUGUUGAGAACAUAAAGGCACGUGACUAUUAUCCACGCAUGGGUUUCCCGCACUUCUAUUUCCCAUUCAAAAAUAUCGAGGGCUAUAUACCGCCAAUUGUUGCCGUGCAGUUUACCGUUGAAACCGGCGUCUUGAUCAACAUUGAAUGCAAAGCCUGGGCACGCAAUAUCAUACAUGAUCGUUCGGAAAGGAGAGGCUCCGUCCACUUCGAGUUGAUGGUUGACUAAGAAAAAACAAGGCAGCAGCAACAGCAACAACAACAACAACAGCAACAACAAUAAGAAAAACCAUUAAGAACGUAGCGAAAGCAAUGUCAGCGCGCUAGAAAUUAAAGAAAAAAUAACGAUUUAAAAAAAUAUUCAAAAAAAGUAUAAUAGUGAGGAAAGAAGAAAGAUAAACCACACACACACACGCAGCCACUCACACAUUACUACACACACCCACACACAUAUAAAAACACACACACACACAUAUGUACACACGUAAGUAGAAAAGGCAAAAAGCUUAAGUAAUAACAAAUCCCAAAUGAUACAGCAACAACCAAAGAGAAAUGAACAAGUAAUGGGCUACAAAAGAAAUAAAAAUAAUAAUAAUAAUAACAAUUAUAAUAAUAAAGAAGACAAGACACUAGCGCUAUAAUGGAGGCAAAACUAAUUAACGCUUUCAACCACCAAGCUCCUUCAUCUUUUAGGUAAAUUUUAUUUUAAUACCAAUUUAGGCGAAGAAAAACAAAAUGAAAAAUAAGGGCAAAAGCCGCAAAUUGGCAAGCAACAAAAUUUAGCGCAAAUAUUGUAUUGAAAUUGUUGUUAACAAUUUGACUUUUUUGGUGUAAUUUUUAAAGAUAUAAACGACAACAGCGCAGCGAACAAAAACUUAAAACAAAGCAGCAACUGUACUUAAAACCAGGAGAAGAAGAAGAAGAGUUAAACGUAUUAAA